UUACUGGUAUUUUUGUGCAAUGAGCACAUGUUAUGUAAUGACACUUUUCUGAUGAGUCUGAAAACUAGAUUACGCAGUGAUAGCCACCAUUUGUGGAGUGUAUACUGUGUACGGAGGCACCCUGCUAAGUAAGCAUUGUGCUAUUUUGCAUUGUGGCGUUCGGUUUUUAAAAGGCAGGCACCUUCUGGACUUCAAUGGGGAUGCUGGCCAAGAGGGCCGCUUAUUAUCUCGCAACUGCAAUGAUUGGACAGUCAGGUAAACAAACGGCAAUUGCCAUGACAAACAGAAACGAUGCCAAAGCCAACAUUUUCGCAUGAGUCGGCGGAGCAAUAAAUCCUGCGGAGCCGACCGCAGAUGGCACAACUCUCGCUACUGCACCGCUCAGAGGCUGGGACCUCGCGCAGGACAGUUCCAAGUAAGGUCUGGCCAUAGCACCUGCAUGAACAUGAGUUGGGGCACUUGGAACUUUUCUGAAGAACCUACAUUUCCAGGGGUGGACUGCUUCUCAAGGCCGCCAUUGCUCUCAGGCUGCACAGCACAUCCUCUCUGGAUUUGCAGUUUUGCUCUUGCGGCGGGGAGUCACAUCAACAUGCCCUCUGUCCUGUGGCUGGAAGCCAUCUGCAUUUUCCUGUUUGCUGGAGCGCCCCCAUCCCUCCCACUUCAGGAAGUCCACGUAAGCAAGGAGACCAUUGAGAAGAUUUCAGCUGCCAGCAAAAUGAUGUGGUGCUCGGCUGCAGUGGAUGUCCUGUUUCUGAUAGAUGGCUCUCACAGCGUUGGGAAAGGAAGCUUUGAAAGGGCUAAGCACUUUGCCAUCACGGUCUGUGACGCGCUGGACAUCAACCCCAAGAGGGUCAGGGUGGGAGCAUUGCAGUUCAGUUCUGCUCCUCGGCUGGAAUUCCCCUUGGACUCAUUGUCAACCCAACAGGAAGUGAAAGCAAAACUCAAGAGGAUGGUUUUCAAAGGAGGGCGCACAGAGACAGGCCUUGUUCUGAAAUACCUUCUGCACAUGGGGUUUCCUGGGGGCAGAAAUGCCUCGGUGCCCCAAGUUCUCAUCAUCGUCACUGAUGGGAGGUCCCAGGGGCACGUGGCACUGCCGGCCAAGCAGCUGCAGGAAAGAGGCGUCACUGUGUUUGCCGUGGGAGUCCGCUUUCCCAGGUGGGAGGAGCUGCACACGCUGGCCAGCGAGCCCAGGGAGCAGCACGUGCUGAUGGCUGAGCAGGUGGAAGACGCCACCAACGGCCUCUUCAGCACCCUGAGCAGCUCUGCCAUCUGCACCAUUGCCUCUCCAGACUGCAAGGUCCAGCCUCACCCUUGUGAGCACAAGACGCUGGAGACAGUGAGGGAGCUUGCCGGCAAUGCCCUGUGCUGGAGAGGAUCGCGGGGGACCGAUGGUGUGCUGGCUGCGCUCUGUCCCUUCUCCAGCUGGAAGAGAGUGUUCUUAACCCACCCCACCACGUGCUACAGGACCACCUGCCCAGGUCCUUGUGACUCACAACCCUGCCAGAAUGGAGGCACGUGUGUUCCAGAAGGAUUGGACAGGUACCGCUGCCUCUGCACGCCAGCCUUCAGAGGAGAGGCUAACUGCGCCCCGGCACUGAGCCUGGAAUGCAGAAUUGACGUCCUCUUCCUGCUGGACAGCUCAGCGGGCACCACGCUGGAGGGCUUCCUGCGGUCGAAGGCCUUUGUGAAGCGGUUUGUACAGGCCUCGCUGAACCAGGACUCUCGGGUCCGCGUGGGUGUGGCCUGGUACAGCAGGGAGCUGGUGGUGGCGGUGCCUGUGGGUGAGUACCAGGACGUGCCACAUCUGGUCAGGAGCCUCGAUGCCGUCCCCUUCAGCGGAGGUGCCACCCUGACGGGCAGUGCCCUGCAGCAGGCAGCAGAGCGCGGCUUUGGGAGAGCCAUCAGGACAGGCCAGGACCGUCCACGCAGAGUGGUGGUCCUGCUCACUGAGUCACGCUCCCAGGACGAGGUGGCCGGCCCAGCACAUCACGCGAGGCUCCGAGAGCUGCUCCUGCUGGGCGUGGGCAGCGAAGCCCUGCGGGCAGAGCUGGAGGAGAUCACAGGCAGCCCAAAGCAUGUCAUGGUCUACGCCACCCCACAGGACCUGUUCAACCAAGUCCCAGAGCUGCAGCGGAAGCUGUGCAGCCGGCCGCGGCCAGGCUGCCAGACACAGUCGCUGGACCUGGUCUUCAUGUUGGAUGCCUCGGCCUCCGUGGGGCCUGAGAACUUCGCCCAGAUGCAGAGCUUCGUGAGAAGCUGCACCCUCCAGUUUGACGUGAACCCUGAUGUCACACAGAUCGGCCUGGUGGUGUAUGGCAGCCAGGUCCAGACUGCCUUCGGGUUGGACACCCAUGUCACGCGAGCUGCCGUGCUGCGGGCCAUGACCCAGGCCCCCUACCUGGGUGGGGAGGGCUCAGCAGGCACAGCCUUCCUGCACAUCUAUGACAAGGUGAUGACAGUCCAGAGGGGUGCCCGGCCUGGCGUCCCCAAGGCUGUGGUGGUUCUCACAGGGGGGAGGGGUGCAGAGGACGCAGCUGUCCCUGCGCAGAAGCUGAGGAACAAUGGUGUCUCUGUCUUGGUGGUGGGCGUGGGGCCUGUCCUGAGGGACGCGCUGCGGAGGCUGGCCGGUCCCCGGGACUCCCUGAUCCACGUGGCGGCCUAUGCAGACCUGAGGUACCACCAGGACGAGCUCAUCGAGUGGCUAUGUGGAGAAGCCAAGCGACUGGUCAACCUCUGCAAACCCAGCCCGUGCAUGAACGAGGGCACCUGCGUCCUGCGGAAUGGGAACUACCACUGCGAGUGCCGAGGUGGCUGGGAGGGCCCCCACUGUGAAACCCGGACCUUGAGAGGAGAUACCCCCACGGCCCGGGGCUCCCGCCGACAGCCUCCAGCAGGGGAGCAGCAGGAGUCUUCCCAGCAACUACAGAGGCCUGAGCAGCCUGGGCACUGACCGGGCGCCUGCCCUCCGCGGAGCAUCCUGUCUGUGGGGGUCCUCUGAGCGUCCGUCCCCAGCUGUCUAGAAGCCUCCUGCCCGCUUUCCUCACCCACGGAGACAAGAUGUACGCAGUGCGACUUAGGGACAUGGUGGCAGUUGACUUCACCCACUAAUGACAAUGUUGAAAAUUCUUGACAUGUAAGUAAAUAUUUACUUUCUGUACCUCAUUGUGCCCUGUUGAGCUUGUGUCAUCUGCCACCUUUCCCCUGAGGAGAAACAAAGGAACCUGGAGACUUUUCAUGGUCCGUUUGAAGCUCACUUUGCCCACAGCAAAUGCUGAACAAAAUGUUGGGAUACAGUGUCCUUUCAACCACUGAAGCGAUGGCAUUUCAAGAUGGAAAAAGUGUGGACCUUUUCACCCGUCUUUUCCCCAAAGAUGUCCUAGAUGCAUUUUAGUUUGCAAAGGGGCUUAAGUGGCAUUUGUGACUUCUUCUGGUGACUGGAUCCGUGUGGGAGAGAGACUUGGAGAGACCCCAGACUGGAAGGGGACUGAUCAACUAGCUUGUUUGGCUGUGGGGGGGAGGUGGGGGCUGAGUGUGCAAACAGCCCUGGUUCUGAGGGCCGCGUGCAGUUGGCCUGGGUAGAGGGCUGCAUUCUCUGGGAUGGACUUCCUUUUAGAGUUUACUUAGGAAGGGUUAAUUGCAGGGUGUUUUGAAUGCUUUUCUUACCCUCCUUUUAGUGGGGCAAAAAGGAGAAUUCUGAAACUCAACAAACAGAACAUAAAGAAACUUAGAUGGGUUUUGCUUUAUUAAACAUAGAUCUUAUGUUGUCCUGUUCUUGUUUUGCUUUUUAUGUGUAGUUCUUAAACAAAUGUUUCAAGAAAUGAUGUUGGGCAUUUAUUAUAUUUAACCGGCGUGUUUAUACUGAUAUGGCAAAGAGGCUUUAGUUGGACUGUUUUCUGGCAAACCAGGUACUUCCUCACCCCUGCAGUAUUUAGGUAUCACUUUUUCUGGUGGUGAUGCUAUUUCGAAUUCAGUUUUCAGUAGGACCUGUUGUAGAGCUCUGGCCUAAAUCCAGACACUUUAUCAUAGCUUCUCUUUAUGUAAGUAAUGUUUAAUGUGCAAACAUCAAGGCUACUUUGAUUUAAACACCACUUAGCUUUAAGAACUUCAGGUGCAAAGCACUGGAAGAGGUUAUCACCACGGUAUUGUCAGAUGAUAAAAAUGAAAGGCUUUUCAUUGUUAAAAAUGAAAAGGCUGGUGGACCAAAACUGUAUCACAAUGACAGUCAUUUGUGUCCAAGGGAUAUUUUCAUUCCUGUGACUACGCUAGCCUUGGCAGAAGGUGAUGUCAGAGCAGGGUCACAUGUCCACCCAGCAGGUGCCAAAAGGUGAUGUUGGAGAACUGACAUGAAGCCACUGUUUUUAAAUUUACAGCAGUGUAAUCAUUUUAUAGUGCCAGCUGUUCGUCUGGUUCAGGGCUGGUAUUUGGAUGUUCUAUUUGAAUUGCUUGGACUUAAAACCCCACACAACCGUGGGUUACAUAUUGAUAGCUUCCCUGUUUCUAGUUUUAGGUCCCAGCCCUUGAAAAUUUAUCUUUUCUAGUGAAGACGCCACUGACUAGUUCAACCCUUUCAGUUUCCCCAACGCAGCAGAGGGAAUGCCUAUCUUACUGCCUCAACAGCCAAGCCUUUUUCUUUCAUUUAAACAAAACAGGCUUUUAAUUAUCUAAGCAAUGUAAAAAUAUAUUCUUCUUGUAAAAAUUAAAACAUUGCAGAUAAGCCAUAAAUCUUUUAUUUUCUCUGAAUGAUCUUGAUUUCAUCCUCUUUACUGAAUGCUCUAGUCGUCAUAGUUAAUUGAGUCUCUUGCUUUUCUAGAAAAGCAUCACUCACAAAUGAGUUUUGUUUCUUCCUUUGGAAGUUUUAUACUAAUUUUUCUCAUCAUUUUGCAUUAUCGAGGACCUGCAGAAUAGUGUUUUUGAAAAGCAGCGUUUUUUAAAAUGCAACAGCACGUAUCUGCUUCUGGACUUGAAAGAACAUUUUCAUCAUUAUAUGUUCUGUCCUGCAGAUCACUUUAUAAAGGUAGCAAUGCAGAUUACGAAGAGUGUUUAUUAGGAAUGUUGAGGUGUGCUUUUCUGCUUCACGUUUAAUCUGUUCAUGUGAUAAAUUACCUAUUAGUAUAUUUUAAAUUAUUGAACCACCUUGAUUCCUUGGAUAAGUGCUAUGAUUAUUUAAACACUGCAUAAAUGUGCUUAUUUUAAAAAUGGCAAAGCCAAAAUCUGGUUCAGUAAAGGCAACCUAAGGCAAUAUUGAAGGCAGAACUGAAAAG